AUGGGCAAGCAGAAAGCCCGGCGUAAAUACGCCCCCCCGCCUGCUGGUACUGUUGCUACCCGCUCAUCUCCCUCCCCUCCGCCCGCUCGUGGUGGUGUUUCCCGUUCCCGCUCUCCUCCCUCUCCUCCGCCCGCUCGCGGUGCGGCCUCCCGUUCCCGCUCUCCUACCUCUCCUCCGCCCGCUCGUGGUGCUGCUUCCCGCCCCCUCUCUCCUACCGCUUCUCAGCACUCCUCUGCUGUCUCUGGCUCUGACCCCGGCCCCGCUGUUCCUACCCCUGCUGCCACUGCGUCUGUCCUCGGCGCCGGCCCUCCCCUCACUGACUCUGACUCCUGCCCUGGCAGCCCCGCUGACUCUGACUCUCGCCCUGACGGCCCCGCUGCCUCUGACUCCGACUCUACCGGCCCUCCCCCUGCUGACUCUAACUCUAGCCCCGGCUGCUCCGCUGCUCCUCCCUCCGCCUCCGGCCGUGACGUCCAGCAUAAGCGUGCCCGCUGCUCCUCCUCCUCGUCCGCUGCCUCCUCAACUGAGGACUUGCCUCCUGAUGAGCCCGCCGACUCCUCUGCUUCUCGGGCGUGUAAGUCGCGGAGAGUUCAUGAUCGAAUGGAGGACUCUGAGUCGGGGUCGAGCUUGACAUCUUCAUCUGAGUCGGAGAUUGUCGUCGAUGUCCUCGACGGGGAGACUGCUCCUUCACCCACCGCGCCCCCCAUCAACGACCCUGCGGGUGAUGACGGUUGGCAAACGGUGGGCCCCAAGCGACAGCGUCGCUCCUUACCGGCUGAUUCUGCCUUGUCCGCCGGCGCUUCUACCUCGCUGCCCCCUCGGCACCCCUCUCGCCCCCAGUCACCUCUGCCCCCGCCACCUCGGACUAUGAACGCCCCUGCCGCUGCUCAACCCGCUUCGCUGCCGAAGCUGCUCAUUCCGGCGACUGUCGGCUUCGAGACAACCCUCGACCUUGCCGAGGCACUGGAGCAACAGCUGGGCGAACGCCUCUCGCUCAAGUUCCUGGAGUCGGGGUGUGUGUUGAUCACACCUGCAGACAGUGCCCAGCACGACACCCUGCUCGCGGUGAGGGAGGUAUCCGGCGUACCUGUGCAGCUGAGGGUGGCCCCCGGGGCGAACACCAAGGGCGUGCUGCUGGCAUACCCUGUUGCCAUGCCCCUCAAGCCACUGUUGCGCCAUCCACGCGUGUUGGAGGCAGUGCGCUGCACUACCCGAGACGGGCCGACGCGCCAGGUAUUCGUCACUGUCGCGGGGCCGCUGCCUGGCUCGUUGGACCUGGGGAGCUGGGGAACCUUCUACACGCGCCCCUACAGCAAGGAGCCCCUCAGGUGCUACAAUUGCCAGCAGUUCGGCCACCACCGGGCCAGGUGCAGCCGUCCCCCGGUCUGCGGCAUAUGCUCUGCCAGUCACGACACGGAGCGGUGCCUGUCAAAAUACAAGACUGGCCAGACCAUCACCAGCAGAUGCCCGAAUUGCCAGGGCGAACACCAUGCCUGGAAUCGGGCCUGCGCCAACAGGCGAGAGCUGGUCGACAAACAGCGCACUGUCCAACAGCGCUGGGUCAUCACUCAUCGCCCUGCUCCUCUCGGCACCUUCCGCUGGGGAGCCCAACAGCCCCCCGCGUCCACGGCUGCUCCAACGCCCCGCCUCCCCCAGACUGCUCACCAGCCAUCUCUUAUACCCCCUUCACCAGCUCCGUACGAGGAGAGCUUCCCUCCCCUUACCCCACACCAUCUGCCACCGCCUCCUCCGGCCCAGCCCACCGCUCCCCAAGCGCCCGACGCCAGCCGCCAGCCCCGCCUCCCCACUACAGCAGCUCCCACUGCCGCCCCUCCCGGCUGUCUCCUCAUCACAAGGGAGAUGAUGGUGGGCCUCUUGGAGGGCUUCGGGCGGAUUAUCGCAACGGCACUCAAGUCGGACGUCGAGCCGAGAGUGUUCUCGGACGCAGCGCAGCAGGUGGUGGGAAAUCUCUUCCCGGAAACGCCGGCCCAGCAAGCUGCCGUACCUCCUGUGCAGGCUCCUUCCCCCGACGGGCCAUCUUCAACCCCACCUACGCCAACCCCUCGUGCUCUGAAGACUCCCCUUCCACCUCCUCCUGCCCCCGUGCACGCGAGCAGCUCCACACUCCUCCCAACCCCUCCGGCCGUUGCAACCAGCCAGCACUAUCCGUUGGUGGCACUGCCCCCUGCUCCCACCUCCCUGAACGAGGGCGGGCUACCGCCCCGGCCGGUGAUGGCCCGGUACAGGCACUCCAGGAAGCUGUCCGUAUAA